CUCUCUCUCUGUCUCUCCCUCCUCUCUCCCUCCAGUCGGGUUUGAGGAGCUCUCUUGGAGAUCUCUGUUGGAGGUGGAGAGGAGAGGUUGUGCCGUAUCUCUCCUACAGCAGCCGCCGGGCUUCUCUGCAGCCUCCUUCAUCUCUUCUCCAUCAUGGAUGUUGGGAGUAAAAGAGUCGCUGGGAUUAUCGCUCAGGUCGUCCUGCUUCUCUCCAGCUCGUACGGGACAACCGGACAAGGAGAAGAGGUGUGUGACAGCGCGCUGGUGUCCAGUCUGCCGCCAUCGUCCUUCAGAAGCUCGUCCCAGCUGUCCAGCAGUCACGCGCCGGGCUUCGCCAAACUCAACAGGAGAGACGGAGCUGGAGGUUGGUCUCCUCUCACCUCAGACAGGUAUCAGUGGUUGGAGCUCGACCUGGGCGAGCGGACCAAGAUCACCGCCGUCGCUACUCAGGGACGCUACGGCAGCUCUGAUUGGCUGACGUCGUACCUGCUGAUGUUCAGCGACACGGGACACAACUGGAAACAGUACAGACAGGAGGACAGUAUAGGGUCUUUUCCAGGUAACAGUAAUGCAGACAGCGUGGUUCAGUACAAACUGCAGCAGCCGGCGAUCGCUCGCUUCCUCCGCCUCAUUCCUCUGGACUGGAACCCCAGCGGGAGGAUCGGACUCCGGCUGGAGACAUACGGAUGUCCUUACACCUCUGAUGUUGUGAGUUUGGACGGCAGCAGCAGCAGUCUGGUGUACAGGUUGAGUCCCGGGCCGAGGCGGGCGUCAAGAGAUGUCGUCUCUCUGAAGUUUAAAACCCUGAGGAAUUCUGGGACACUGCUGCACGCAGAGGGAGAGGGAGGACUCGGCCUCAGUCUGGAGUUAGAGAGAGGAAAGCUACUGCUGCUGCUCAGACAAGGUACUUCUUCCUCUGAACCCCGGCGUCUCACUUCCCUCGGCAGCCUGUUAGAUGAUCAGCAUUGGCACCGUUUAGCAGUGGAGCGGCGCGGCUCUCACCUCAACCUCACUGUGGACAAACACACAGAGAGGCUUCAGAUCCCUGCAGAGUUCAGCCACUGGGACAUCGAGCAGCUGAGUGUGGGGGCGGUCCAGGGCCUCAUCUCCAAGAGGAACUUUCAUGGCUGCCUGGAAAACCUGCUGUACAACGGCCUCAACCUGAUAGAAUUAGCAAAACACAACGACCGCCAAGUUACCGUAAUGGGCAAUGUGACCUUUUCUUGUGCUGAGUCGGUUUUCGUCGCCGUGACGUUCCCAGGCCCCCAGAGCUUCCUCCAGUUGCCGGGGGCGACAGCGUCCUCGUCGGGGGGCGCGUCCGUCGGGUUCCAGUUCAGGACGUGGAACAAGGCGGGGCUUCUGCUCACCUUUGACCUGCCUCAGGGAGGGGGCGUGGUCUGGCUGUACCUGAGUGAGGCCAGACUCCGGCUACAGAUCCAUAAAGCUGGCAGGGCGCUGCUGGAGCUCAGUGCAGGUUCUGCUCUGAAUGACGGCCAGUGGCAUUCAGUGGAGCUGAACUCCAGACGAGGUCGUCUGAGCAUCGCUGUGGAUAAAGAAGAAGGAGGCAGCGCUCAAGCCAGUCCCUCAUUUCCUGUCACCGUAGAAAGUCACCUCUUCUUUGGUGGUUGUCCUGCUGAAGACGACAGACAGGGGUGCAGAAACCCCUUUAAUGUGUUCCAGGGCUGCAUGCGUCUCUUAACUCUGGACAACCAAAUUGUGGACCUGAUCAUGGUGCAGCAAAAGCAGCUGGGAAUCUACAGCAACCUGCAGAUCGAUAUGUGUGGAAUCAUCGACAGGUGUUCUCCCAGUCGUUGUGAGCACGGCGGCCGCUGCAGUCAGUCCUGGACCGUCUUCCACUGUAACUGCUCUGAGAGCGGCUACAGCGGGGCAACCUGCCACAGCUCUGUGUACGAACAGUCCUGCGAGGCGUACAAACACAACGGCAACACGUCGGGACAUUUUUAUAUCGACGUGGACGGCAGCGGACCAAUCAAACCGCAACUGGUCUACUGCAACAUGACAGAGGAGAACACAUGGAUGGUGAUCCAGCACAACAACACAGAGCUCACCAAAAUCCGACCGUCUCCAGGAGUUAACCAGCAUUCAAUUCACUUUGACUACUCGAUUAAAGAGGAGCAGCUAUUGGCCAUUAUCAGCCAAUCAGAGUACUGUGAACAGGAACUGUCUUACCACUGCAGGAAGUCCCGCAUCCUCAACACUCCAGAGGGCUCUCCGUUCAGCUGGUGGCUCGGUGGUCCCGGACCCGGUCGUGUCCAGACUUAUUGGGGCGGAGCUCAUCCAGGCAGCCAGCAGUGUGUCUGCGGCCUGCAGGGCGACUGUGUGGACCCACAACACUACUGCAACUGUGACGCAGACCGCAUGGAGUGGGCUGAGGACUCGGGCCUGCUCACCCAUGAGGAGAGCCUCCCUGUCAGGUCGCUGGUGCUGGGUGACAUCCAGAGGCCGGGGUCAGAGGCCGCCUACAGGGUGGGGCCGCUCCGUUGUCAUGGAGACAAGAACUUCUGGAACGCUGCGUUUUUCGACAAGGAGACGUCGUACCUCCACUUCCCCACCUUCCACGGAGAGCUGAGCGCAGACAUCUCCUUCCUGUUUAAAACCACGGCCUCGUCUGGUGUGUUCCUGGAAAACCUGGGCAUCAAAGACUUCAUCCGGAUCGAACUGAGCUCCUCCACUCAGGUAGUUUUCUCCUUCGAUGUCGGCAACGGGCCGCUGGAGGUUCACGUGGAGUCGAGCGUGCCGCUGAACGACAACCGGUGGCAUCGAGUCCGGGCUGAGCGAAACGUCAAGGAGGCGUUGCUUCGAUUGGAUGAACUUCCCGCCGCCACGCAGGAGGCUCCUGCUGACGGACACCUCCACUUGCAGCUCAACAGCCAGCUGUUCAUAGGAGGCACGGCGUCCAGGCAGAAGGGCUUCCGGGGCUGUAUUCGCUCCCUGCAGCUGAACGGCGUCACCCUGGACCUGGAGGAGAGGGCGAAGAUCACACCCGGGGUUCGACCCGGCUGCCCGGGUCACUGCAGCAGCUACGGCUCGCUCUGCCAGAACCAGGGCCGCUGUGUGGAGAGAGCCAACGGCUUCCACUGCGACUGCAGCCUGUCAGCAUACACUGGAGUCUUCUGCCAUACAGAGGUGUCAGCCAGCUUCAAGUCAGGGACGUCCGUCAGCUACACCUUCAAGGAGCCGUACGAGUUGAGCAGGAACGCCAGCGCCCUGCCGUCCUCCAUCUACUCGGACAUGACGCUGAGAGGAGAGAACGUCUCCCUGAGCUUCAGGACCAGCCAGAGUCCGGCUCUGCUGCUCUAUGUCAGCUCCUACUACAGAGAGUACCUGGCCCUGCUCAUCAACAAGCAUGAUAAGCUGGAGGUGAGAUACAAGCUGGACAGCGGCAGAGAUGCUGAAGUGUUGAGGAGCAGAGUGAAAAGCCUGGCCGACGGACAGCUACACACCGUUACCAUCAGGAGACGGGCAGACUCUGCGUCUGUGCAGAUCGACCAAAACCCCAGAGAAGACUUCAACCUGACAUCUGACGGAGAAUUCAACGCCAUCAAGUCGCUGGUGUUGGGCAGAGUGCACGGAUCCGAUGAUUUGGAUCCAGACCUGUCCAGGUUGGCAUCUCUCGGUUUUACCGGUUGUCUCUCGGUGGUCCACUUUAACUCCAUCAGCCCUCUGAAAGCUGCCCUGCUCCACCCGGACACCAGCCCCGUCAUUAUCACCGGACCUUUAGUCCAGUCAAACUGCGGCUCCUCGGCUUCAGCCGAUCCCUACGCAGCAGAGAACACACACCACCUGUCAGACCAGUCUGGUUCAGUGGGUUCAGGUCAACCUUUAGUCAAUGCCAUCAGGACUGACUCGGCUCUGAUUGGAGGUGUCAUAGCAGUGGUGAUCUUUGUGAUAGUGAGCGGCCUAGCGAUAACUGCCAGAUUCCUCUACCGGAGGAAAGAGACGUAUCGAAACCAGGAAGUGAAGGGGGUCAAACAGGAGGACAGCCAAGAUUUCCCUUUCAACAACCAGACUGACUCCCAGAACGUCUCCACUGAAAACCCUAAGGAGUAUUUCAUUUAACUGGAGGUCUGAUAAACAGACAGGGGAGUCCUUACACGCUCCAGGACUUUACGCUGCACUCAGAGCCAGUCGGAGACUUUGCAGGCAGAUGUGGCUCAAAAGCAUGUCGGCAGGCAAAAAAGAACAAUUGACACAGUUUUGUCUUUCUGUUGCUUUACUGUAAAUUGUGAAUAUACUGAUACAAACAGGCAACAGUGUUGGACUUAUGAGGUGUUGAUAUUCUUGUUUCAAUUGUAAGUAUUCAAAAAAUGUAAAUGUUGAAUUAAUGUCUUUGUAACAAUUUCUUGGCUAAUGUCACUUUGUCAUAUUGAAAUGUUGGAAAUAAUGGAGGUAUCCGUAUUUUUAUGGUGUAUGGGUAUGGAAAAUGUGAAGCUAGGCCCUCUUGUGGUUGGGUUUUCCUUAAAGAGAGAUUGGCAGGAUGUUGUUUUAUAUCCCCUGGAAGUUCAGUCAUCAUGACGUUUGGUUGCGAUCAUAUGAUCUCACCCACUUUUUACAAGGUCACCCACUAACCCUCAAGGGAUAUUUUACGAUGUCAACCUUCCAGCAAUGUUUUUCUUUCAACCAUCCCUCCCACUUACUUGCAACUUUUAAUCCCUCUCUUUGAAGGUUUAAGCUUUGUAAGAUCUUUGGUGGAAAAAUAACUUCAGUAAAUAUUAAAGUAAAUGUACUUCAGUGAGGAAGAUUUUUUCUCACCGUGUUACAAAAGUGAUUCCAAAUGUACAAGCUUAGUCAUGGAUCUACUGGGCUUUAAAGUUAUAAUCCUUAAACUGGAUAUAAUCAGUAUUUUUUAGAAUAAUGUAUCAAAUGACAAUGUGAAACGGUGUGACAAUGUGAAAGGAGUCCCUCAUAGUGAUGAACCUACAGAGAAUUAUCACCCGAAUCUGCAGCUCCACUCAUCUUUACAGAGUUUUAUAGUGAGUUUCAGCUCAUUGUUCAGCUGUCUGGGCUGCAACUUUACAGUUUUGGCUCACUCUCGUAGCAGCAGGCAGCUGUUUUUAGCAAAAAAGUUCUAAUAACUCACAGUACACUACCUGCUCAGCACCAAACAGCAAACAGAAACAGUAAGCUGGUGAGCCUAGUUGAGCAUUUAGCAGCUAAAGAGACAGAUAUUUCCCUCAGGAGUUGGUAGAGACCAAAAACAGAGCAAAAAGAGAGUGAGUAUUGGACUUGACAUGCAGGUGGACACAAACACGUCUCCAAAUGAAUGAUAAUGUUGCUUCGUAACUGCUGGAUGUGUAAAUAAGCAACUGUUUGCUAACAAGUUGGCAGUUACAACUUAAAAAGGUGAUGAUAUCAGUUAUUGCAUGUUGACGAUUUCAGUUCUGUUCAUUUGGCAACACCCAUGGUUUGGGGCUAUUUCCCCGUCGAGCAGGUCAGAAAUACAACAGAGCAAAUGGGGUAUCUGUUUACAGUGCAGCCAAACAAACUCACGUUGUAGGAUAGCAUAGACAAUUUUAAUCUAGGGCGGGAACGGCAGACUCUGCCACUUACAAUGACACUACUAUAUGUAAAUGUAAAUACAUCGAAAGGCUAUUGCUGAACAGCCGUCUCCUAAAAAUUACGUUCCUAUACAACAAAACUGCAUUUUGAACUACGUUUUGAGGGAAGCGUAUUUUGCCACGGAUUACGUUUGUUUUUGACAGUCCACAUAGAGUUGAGGUAAAAAAAAA